UUGUCCAUGUGGCAUGGGCUGGGUGCGCAGGUCAGCCGGGAGGAGCUAGCCGUCCCCUUGGAUCUUCACACAGCUGCUUCCAUUGGCCAGUAUGAAGUGGUGAAGGAAUGUGUGCAGCGGUAAGAGAUCUUGGAAAAUGUUCCUUCCUCUUGGAUUUUUGAGCUCCAUGGUUCAGCUCUCAGGUGGAGCCAUCAGGGAGCUAGCGGGGGCCUUGCCCACAGCUGUAGACAUUUAAUCCUUGGGUGGAUCAACUGCUGCUUCUCUUGGGCUGUUGUCAGGGAUGAUUUAUGCUGGACGCCAAUAAGGAAGGCAGUUUUGAUUCUGAGGAAGAAAAAGGCAGCUUAAACUUUUUUCAUAGGCUUAGAAAUUGUUCAUUUCAGGCUUACUUUAACCAGAGUAAUUUUAUGGUUUUCACUAAUUGCAGAAAUGCUCAAACAAAACAAAAAUAAAGAUUGAAAGCAAUGCCCUAUGGCCUUCUUUCCCCAGAAGCUUCAUUUUAAUCCCUCCUGCCGCCCUCUCCCCUUUAGCUUCUGCCAUAGAGGAGGAGGUGGGGUUAUCCCCACCUGGAGGAUUGCACCUUACUCACUGCCCACAUGCCGUUUUCACUGAUCUUAUGUGCAUAUUAGGUCCCCCUAAACAGCACUGCUUAUUAGCGCCUUCUUGUUUGAAGUACGGUUUGAUACUCAGUGUAAUUUUUAGAAAGGGAUCCAUCUUCUCAUCUCUUCCCACUUUGUCCGCCAUACUUUGUGCUCACUGUUAUCAUCUCAUUGAUAACUUAGAGAAACAACCUAUGUCCAUACCUACCUGGGCCUUUUCCAGUUCCAGCUUGGGGAGUUACAGCAGAGCCUCGUGGAAGCCCCGUUUCUGGCUCCCAGGUCGUAGCCAUCACUUAUGAGCAUCUGGCCAGUUGGUACUUCUGUACCGGGCAGGUGUGCAGGCAGCACAUCCCCCGACAGGGUCACCACGACCCCACCUGUAGUUCUGCUCCUUUAACAUUCACAGCCUUUAAGCCUUCGGGUGUGCUGUUAAAAUGAACAGUCCAGAACAGCUCUAGAAAGUGUUUGUGUUCUGAUUGGGGUUGUGACACCUGCUGAGAUGGAGGCUGGUGCACAGUAAACACACUGGGGACCCGAGGGGGAUUUGGAGGGGUCAGAAGGGAGGAUUCGGCUGAAGGAGGUUGCCAGAGCCCCAGGGCCGCUCUGCUAAGGGGUGGGGGGGGGGGCGCCUCCCUGUCCAUUUGGGACGGCGUGUGGUGAGAAUGGGCUGGUCUCCAGGUGGCUCUCCCGGCUAGUGGCUACCCCUGCAUUCCUGGGAUCAGGACCUGGGAAAUGGCUGCCUGGGUCCAAAGCCAGGGUCAGUAAAACGUGCUGGUGAAUGGAAACUAAUUGUCUGGUGUAGCUUAGUGUGUGUAUCUAGGAGAGGCACGAACUGCGUGGGUCGACUGUCACUUGGUACCUCCACUGGAGGCAAGGAUUGUGGAGGAGGAAAGACUGGGGCGUGAAACAGGCAGGAUGCUCCUGGAAGUGGGUCUUACUUCCAUCCCCCGACCCCAAACUCUGGGUUGGGAAGCCUGCAUUGUUUUUCCUGUGGGAAACGCUUUUCCAGAAUUGUAAUGAAAAUCAGUGAGAAAGACAGGAUUCUUUGGUCACAGAUUUUUCCAGGAAUGUUUCUGUAGGGUGGGACGACAAAGGAGAAAUUGUCCACUGUCUGAGUCCCCUCCUCUUUCCUCUCCCCUCAGUUCUGGACUAGCAGACUGGUCUGUUGGCGGGAGGUAGUCAAGACUCCAGGUCAGCGUUUCUCGGCCUCGGCACUACUGACAACCUGGGCCAGCUCAUUUUUUGUUGUGAGGGGCGUCCUGUGCACUGUAAGAUGUUGAGCAGCAUCCCUGGCCACUGGAUGCCAGUAGCUUUUCCCUCUCCAGUUGUGACAACCAAAAAUGUCUCCAGACUUUGGCAACUGUCCCCUGGGGGCAAAAUCUCCCGUGGUUGAGAACCAUCUAUGUAGCUGGUGGUAGCAAAAAAGAGAAUUGCUGGCCUUAGGGUAGGAGGAGGGUGCAGAUGAGAAUGAAAAAUCAGAGGAGGGAGGCAAACUUGAGGGAGUUUGCAAAGGCAGUUGUCCGGCAAGUGUAGUUACUCCCCCCCCUCCCCGCCAGUGAUGUCCAGGGUGGCAUAUGACUCUGCUUCCUGUCAGCACUUCCUGCUCUUUCUCUUGGCCUGGCCUGGCCACCGGCUUUGGUAAACCCCACCUAUGAGAUGGCUGGCGUGUCUAGCAUGUCUUGCGUUUGUUUAGGAGAGAGUUAGAUUUGAAUAAGAAGAAUGGUGGUGGCUGGACCCCGCUGAUGUAUGCCUCCUACAUUGGACACGAUACCAUCGUGCACCUGCUGCUCGAGGCGGGGGUGAGCUACGAGGGCCUCAGGCCAGAAACCUGAGGGGCCCCCGGCCGCUCUGCAGAGACGUGAACCACUGCAGGCCCCUGUAGCGUGCGUGUGCUCGGGUAAUCACUUCGAUUCUUUCAGCGUGAUGGCUUGGAGGGCGCCCACCCUGCGCAGAGGAGACGCGGCCUUAAUGAGCAUUCUGUGUUUUCUUGAAGCAAGGUGCUGAGCUAGAAAUGAAGGACAUUCAAGGCUGGACUGCCCUCUUCCAUUGCACCAGUGCUGGGCACCAGCAGAUGGUCAAGUUCCUUUUGGACAGUGGAGCGAACGCCAAUGUGAGGGAGCCCGUAUAUGGAUUCACUCCUUUGAUGGAAGCGGCUGCUGCUGGCCAUGAAAUAAUCGUGCAGUAUUUUCUGAAUCAUGGAGUCAAAGUGGACACAAGAGACCACAGUGGAGCCACAGCCCGGAUGCUGGCCAAGCAGUAUGGACACAUGAAGAUUGUGGGGCUGAUAGACGCUCACUCACCUUCUCUGCCUAAGAGCCUCUACCGGAGCCCAGAAAAAUAUGAAGAUCUGAGCUCUUCAGAUGAAUCCUGCCCUGUCCCUCAGAGACAGAGGCCCUGUCGGAAGAAGGGCCUCAGCAUCCACGAGGGGCCGCGAGCCUUGGCCAGGCUCACAGCUAUUGGACUCGGAGGCAGGAUACAGCAGCCUUGCUAUGAACAGGUGCCUCCACGGGGCUACGUCACCUUCAACAGCAGCGAUGAGAACCCCCUGGAAGAGGGGGGCCUCUGCUACAGGGACGUCACCUCCCCCAUCAAUGAGCGGGAUGUGGAGAGCAGCAGCAGCAGCAGCCGGGAAGAGCACGCCUUCUGUGCCCACCUCGGGGCCGCGCGGAGCAGCAGCAGCAGUGAGGGCCUGGCCCGGGCCCCGGAACUCAGCAGCGAGGCCUCCCUGGAGAGCAACGAGGAUUCGGAUCAUGCGCGGAAAAGCUCGGUUCGCAAACAAACUAAAAGCUACGUGAAGACCAAGAAUCGUUACAGCAGCAGCGACAGCCAGUGGCCUCCUGGCACCGGGACUUCCUGUGCCCCAAGAUUGAUCCCCCAGACUGACAGGUCCCCCUACUCAGGACCCCAGGACCUCGCCACACUGCUGGAGCAGAUUGGCUGCCUCAAAUACCUGCAGGUGUUUGAGGAGCAGGACGUGGACCUCCGCAUCUUUUUGACCCUCACUGAGAGCGACCUGAAGGAAAUCGGCAUCACGUUGUUUGGGCCCAAGAGAAAGAUGACCUCUGCCAUCGCCCGCUGGCACAGCAGCGCCCGCCCCCCCAGUGAUGCCUUGGAGCUGGCCUACGCCGACCGGCUUGAAGCCGAGAUGCAGGAGCUUGCCAUCCAGCUGCACAAACGCUGUGAGGAGGUGGAGGCCAUGCGGGGCCUGGUGUCACAGGAACAGGAGCUGCGGGCCGUGGUGGAAAGCUGCCUCCUGGAACAGGACGGCGCCCGCAAGGACGUCCAUGCACAGUUGCAGGAGACCUGGGCCCUGGCCCGGGACGCUGCGCUUGUCCUGGACCAGCUGCAAGCCUGUCAAGCUGAGCUGUCCGCCCGAGUGCAGCAGGAUGAAUCCCCGCUCGAGGCCAUGCUGGGCCCAGGCCUCCCCACAGCUGACUCCAAAGGCUGGCAGGCCGCCUUGCAGGCCCUGAGCCUCCCUCAGCUGUCGGGAGCCCUGGAGGAUCGAGUCCGGGAGAUGGGUGAGUCCAGGGGGCCGGACAGCCCACCAGCCCUCAAGGUCAUCCAUUCCUGUGUCCUCGAGCCCUCCAGACUGCGAAGCAGUAACUGUCUGCCCCCGUUCUCAGGGCGAGUGCUGUGCUUAGUGACCCAGAGCCUGGAGAAGCUGCAAGUGCUGAACGGGAAGGAGAACUGGCGGGAGCCUUAGCCAGGGGGACGUCUUCCCUUUCCCUUCUCAGAAUCUGACGUGGGGUGACUGAUCCACCCUGAAGCUGUGUGCCCAGAGGACAGGAGGCCAGCGAGCGGGCAGCUGCAGUGGCCAGGGCCAGAGGAUCGGGCCCCAGGAGCAGCUGGCAGACAGGACGGGGCUGUGGCCGGUGCGAGGGCAGCAAGGCCCGCACUGAGGCAAGACGAGGGUCUGUUAUCCAGACCAGGAGUGGGGCCCAGAGCAGGCAGGGCCUUGGGGAGAGCGUGUCCCCACACACCACAGGCGCCACACUGAGGUUCGCCCAGACAGGUGAGGACUGGGGCGGGGUGCCUGGGCAGCAUAUGUCAUUUGCUGGAAAAUAAAAUUUAAGAUUGG